AGGAUCCCGGGCGGUUCAGUCUGCGAAGACAGAUUCCGGACACCAGGAACCCACGCCUCCAGUCCCAGACAUGUCCGGGAAAGGCUCCGUGGUCCUGGCCUACAGUGGCGGCCUGGACACCUCUUGCAUCCUUGUGUGGCUGAAGGAGCAAGGCUACGACGUCAUCGCCUACCUGGCCAACAUCGGCCAGAAGGAAGACUUCGAGGAGGCCAGGAAGAAGGCGCUGAAGCUCGGGGCCAAGAAGGUGUUCAUUGAGGACGUCAGCAGGGAGUUCGUGGAGGAGUUCAUCUGGCCUGCCGUCCAGUCCAGCGCGCUCUACGAGGACCGCUACCUCCUGGGCACGUCGCUGGCCAGGCCCUGCAUAGCCCGCAAGCAGGUGGAGAUCGCCCAGCGCGAGGGAGCCAAGUACGUGUCCCACGGCGCCACAGGCAAGGGCAACGACCAGGUCCGUUUUGAGCUCACCUGCUACUCACUGGCGCCCCAGAUUAAGGUCAUCGCUCCCUGGAGGAUGCCCGAGUUCUACAAUCGCUUCAAGGGCCGCAAUGACCUGAUGGACUACGCCAAGCAACACGGAAUUCCCAUUCCAGUCACCCCCAAGAACCCCUGGAGCAUGGACGAGAACCUCAUGCACAUCAGCUACGAGGCUGGAAUCCUGGAGAACCCCAAGAACCCAGCGCCUCCAGGACUCUACACAAAGACCCAGGACCCAGCCAAAACCCCCAAUACCCCUGACGUCCUGGAGAUAGAAUUCAAGAAAGGGGUCCCUGUGAAGGUGACCAAUGUCAAGGAUGGCACCACUCACCAGACCUCCUUGGAGCUCUUCAUGUACCUGAAUGAAGUCGCGGGCAAGCACGGUGUGGGCCGCAUCGACAUUGUGGAGAACCGCUUCAUUGGAAUGAAGUCCCGAGGUAUCUACGAGACCCCAGCAGGGACCAUCCUUUACCACGCUCAUUUAGAUAUCGAGGCCUUCACCAUGGAUCGCGAGGUGCGCAAAAUCAAACAGGGCCUGGGCCUGAAAUUCGCGGAGCUGGUAUACACUGGUUUCUGGCACAGCCCUGAGUGUGAAUUUGUGCGCCACUGCAUCGCCAAGUCCCAGGAGCGGGUGGAAGGGAAGGUGCAGGUGUCCGUCUUCAAGGGCCAGGUGUACAUCCUCGGCCGGGAGUCCCCACUGUCUCUCUACAAUGAGGAGCUGGUGAGCAUGAACGUGCAGGGUGAUUAUGAGCCCCUGGAUGCCACCGGCUUCAUCAACAUCAACUCCCUCAGGCUGAAGGAAUAUCACCGGCUCCAGAGCAAGGUCACCGCCAAAUAGAGCCAAAUAGGCCUGCUGACAGGAGGAGCAGGGCCUCCUCACUCUGCCCUUGCCCAAGUACAGGCGCUAAUUGUUGUGAUCAUUUGUAAUUGUGACUUGUUCUCCCGGCCUGGCAGCCUCGGAGGGUUGCCCUGGGCCCCAGCUUUGUUCCCUGGUCCCUUGUAGCCUGAAAAAGUGGUCAUUGAAGAGAAGGGUGGGGGUGGCUGCAGGGGGGGAGCUCUGAAAUGACAAAUAAAAAAAAGAUAUGUC